AAAAGGUUGUUUGGUCGUUAGGGGAUAUAAGAUUCAGCAGAAAAAAAUGGUGGCUACGAAGAGCAUCUCCUCCUCUUCCCUUGUCCUUGUUGACUCUUCUUCUUCACCUUCCUUCUUCUCUCCGAUUCCACGAUUCCUAACUCUUCGAAUCGCGCCUACAACUACCCUUCGAUCAACAACCUCCACGCUCCGCAGGUCUCCUCUUACUCAUAGGAGUCUAUCGUCUUCGCUCGCCGUCAUGUUUCCGGAUAAUUCGGUACUGUCGGAUGUCUGCGCUUCCGGGAUCACCAGCGUCGUGGCGGUCUCUUGCCUCGGUUUCUGGGGAGAGAUUGGCAAACGCGGCUUCUUUGAUCAGAAACUUAUCAGGAAGCUUGUGCACAUCAAUAUUGGUCUUGUUUUUAUGCUUUGCUGGCCACUCUUCAGUUCUGGACCUCAAGGAGCGCUUUUCGCUUCUCUUGUACCUGGACUCAAUAUUGUAAGGAUGCUCCUCCUGGGGCUUGGAGUCUACCAAGACGAAGGUACUAUCAAGUCUAUGAGCAGACACGGUGAUCGAAGGGAACUUCUUAAGGGACCGCUUUAUUAUGCACUCUCAAUCACAUCCGCCUGUUUCUUCUACUGGAAAACAUCCCCUAUCUCUAUUGCAGUUAUAUGCAACCUCUGCGCUGGAGAUGGUAUGGCUGACAUUGUUGGGAGGCGGUUUGGAACAGAGAAGCUCCCUUACAACAGAAACAAAUCAGUAGCUGGUAGCAUUGGCAUGGCAAUCGCAGGGUUCUUAGCAUCUGUUGGUUAUAUGUACUACUUUGCUUCAUUUGGUUACAUGGAUAGUAGCAAAGGGGAUAUGAUUCUUCGCUUCUUCAUUAUCUCUGUAGCAUCGGCUCUUGUGGAAUCACUUCCAAUAAGCACCGACAUAGAUGACAAUCUCACCAUUCCCUUAACCUCUGCCUUGGUCGGUACUCUACUCUUCUAAUACAGAGUCGUCCAGCUUGAUUACCUCUAUGUUGUAAAGAAACUAGAUUCUUAGUUGCCAUGUUUUGUAUAUGUACUUGUUAGUGAAAAGACAUCAUAUUGCUGUUGCAGUUGGGUACAAAUGCUGUAAUGUAGUGAGGAGAUAUAGUGACCACUAACAUACGCUUCUACAAAUUUGUUACUAGAAAGUCAACACAAGCUUGUUUGUUAUUUGUUAGCCUUGUGGCUAUUUCGAAAUGGAUUGUAUGCUUACUACAACAGGUGAUUGUGGCUUGACUCUACCGCUCCAUGAAGCGUCUUCUUCAGACAAGUCGGAGUGGUGAGUGUAACGGCGCUUCAGACAAGGAAGCAAGACGAGGAACACGAGGAAAAUAGCGAAGCUUACCACAAGAACCAUCAUCAAGAUCUCACCAUGCAUCGCGUAGUGUCUGUCUCUUGUGAAGUGAACUCGCUCACCGUCUUCAGGGCUCAAGGCCUCCACCGUGUUGGAAGCUACCAUUACAGGUUAUCUCCAAAAUAUUUCUCAACUCCUUUUGCUCGUAGUCUUUAAAAGCUUCCUUUGUAUGUAUGGGAGUUUUGUUUUUCUCUCUGAGAUAGAUAUUCAACUUGGGAGAAUAUUUUAAUCGAAUG